GUGCUGAGCAGAAAUGGGAAUAGCUGAAAAAAUUUCCGAAAUCGAGUUUGAAAUAAGCCGUACACAGAAAAACAAGAAUACAGAGUAUCACUUGGGUUUAUUGAAGGCUAAACUAGCAAAAUAUCGUCAACAGUUACUGGAGCCUAGUGCAAAAGCUGGAGUUAAAGGAGAUGGUUUUGAUGUUAUGAAAUCAGGGGAUGCACGAGUUGCACUGAUAGGUUUUCCAUCUGUUGGAAAAUCGACAAUUUUAUCGAAGCUAACAAAAACGCACAGCGAGGCUGCUUCAUACGAGUUCACCACUCUUACAUGCAUUCCCGGUGUCAUAAACUACAAUGGAGCCAAUAUACAGCUUCUAGAUUUACCAGGAAUCAUUGAAGGUGCCGCACAAGGAAAAGGCAGAGGAAAACAAGUAAUAGCUGUUGCAAGAACUGCUGAUUUGGUAAUGAUGAUGCUUGACGCAUUAAAAGGUGAUAUUCAGAAAGACCUGUUAACGCGGGAACUAGAAGCGAUGGGGAUUCGAUUAAAUACAAAAAAGCCAGAUGUUUAUUUUAAACUGAAAAAGACAGGCGGUGUGAAGCUGACAUCUAUGGUUCCACUGACAAAUAUAUCUGAAAAACUAGCUCAACUUAUCUUGCACGAAUACAAAAUUCAUAAUUGCGAAUUAGUUAUUCGCGAAGACAUUACCACCGACCAGUUGAUUGACGUCAUUUGCGCCAACCGAAUGUAUCUGCCUUGUAUUUAUGUCUACAACAAAGUGGAUCAAAUCACAAUUGAAGAAGUUGAUAGAAUAGCACAUCUUCCUUACUGUAUUGUGACCAGUUGUGAAAUGGGCCUGAAUCUGGACUACCUGCUGGAUGUAAUGUGGGAUUACCUCGGGUUGAUCAUGAUAUUCACAAAGAAACCAGGUAAUAAACCAGAGUUGGACAAUGAAAACGGAAUCAUCUUGAGAAAUGGAACCAACGUUAAAGGUGUUUGCCGAUCUAUACACAGAGACUUAGCUGACCAAUGCAAGUAUGCUCUUGUGUGGGGAACAAGUGUCAAAUUUUCUCCACAGCGAGUGGGUCUUCAACAUGUAAUGCAUCAUGAAGAUGUAAUUCAAAUUGUAACAAAAUGAACUCGUGAAUUUUUCUAAUAAAAGAUACUUAAUUUAAAGAUUUGACAAAACGG